AUGGAGCUUGAGAACCUUCGAUUGGAAGCCUAUGACAAUUCAAGGAUUUACAAGGAGAAGAUGAAAGCGAUGCAUGAUAGAAAUAUUAGAAGAAGACAGUUUAGAGCGGGAGAUUUGGUUCUCCUCUAUAACUCUAGGUUGAGAUUGAUGCCCGAAAAGUUGAGAUCAAGGUGGGAAAGCUCGUAUAGAGUGGAGAAAGCGGAGCCAUAUGGGGUCUACCACUUGCGCCAUCCUUCAAGCCCUAAUAUCUUCAAGGUUAAUGGUCAUCGUCUAAAGCUAUACCAUAGAGAAAAGAUGAAAAGCAACAAAGAGGUUGAGGUGUUCCUCCUUGAGGAUGAACCCGAAGGAGAAGAGAUUUGA